CACGCACACACCUUGCUCUUCGCUACCACACGCGUCGUCAACAUGCCUCUCGCCAUCCCCACCAUCCUGCUCGAGGCCGUUCGCAACCCGGUCGUCGCAGUCGGUCUGCCGCUGACCCUUGGUUGGGCUAGCGGCUUCCCCACUGCCAAGGUCGUUCGGGAGCCCUGGUAUCAGAACUUGAACGCGCCUCCCGGCCGUCCUCCUCGUCAGGUUUUCCCUAUCGUCUGGCCCAUUCUCUAUGCCUCCAUGGGGUACGCGGCUCACGUCGCGGCCAAGUCUCUGGAGACCACCAUUACACCCUCAGGACGUGACGCACUGAACACCGGCCUUGCCAUCUACUAUGGUCAGCUGAUCCUCAACUUUGCGUGGUCAUCCACGUUCUUCGGUGCCAAACAGAUUGGUUUCGCUCUCCUCGACAGCGCUGCACUGCUGGGCUCCGUCGUGUAUAUGACCAAAUUAUGGGACGGCCCUACACGUGGACAAACGACAGUCCUGCUUGCGCCCUACUGCUUGUGGGCUGCGUUCGCCACAUACCUUAACGGCGGUUACUACUACCUGAACUGCAUGUAAAUUAGCCAAGUGAGACAGCUUGGAAGUGUACUGAACUAUAGGAACAUUUGAAGUAAUCUCAUUCGCUCACUGCCAGUGGCCAAACACGAAAGAAAAGAGAUACUGUACUGUAAACAAAAGGACGCUCGAAUGUAGAAAUAUAAUGCGGAGUAUCCUGUCCACGUG